AAAACAUUACCAUUUGCCAAACUUCUAACCAACGAGACCUCUUUGCAAGAGUUAAAUAAGGCAGAAGAACUAACCAGAACAAAAACUGAAAACGUGAAAAGAAAAAAGAAGCUGUCACCCAGAAGUGGAAAAAAGCAGAAGCAGAACGUCGAAAAGAGGAAAGAAAAAAAAAAGCCGGGUAAAAAAAGUAGCAAUGGCGAUAUUAACAUAACGAACGUAAUGGUAAUCGAAACUUGUAUAUCUGAUGAUCGUCAAUCUGCCAUUAUACCUUCACGAAAUUAA